CGGCGCCACCUGCCUGUAAGUGCCCCUUCUCCUUCUCCGGUGAUCCUCGGCAGCGGCAGUUUGGGCGCUGGGUGGCGAGAGACGGGUCCCGGAGGCCCCGGCCCCACUGCAUCCCACGUGGUUAGGGAUGAGAACUGGGAGUUCUGCAGACAUUAAGUGAUUUGCUUAAGGUGCUUCAAAUAUUUAGUAAUAUUUGAAGCCCAGGCCACUAUUCUGCCACCCUACCACUAGGUCUGAAGGAGUGCCUGAUCAGAAUGGCUUCAGGGUGGUUUUACCUGUCCUGCCUGGUACUGGGGUCCCUGGGCUCAUUGUGCAUCGUCUUCACUGCCUUUUGGAUGCAGUUCUGGUGUGGUGGCUUUGCUUGGGAUGGCAGCACCCACACGUUCAACUGGCACCCAGUGCUCACGGUUGCAGGCAUGGUGGUAUUCUACGGAGCUGGAUCGCUGGUAUACCGCCUGCCCCAGUCAUGGGUGGGGCCCAAGCUGCCCUGGAAGCUCCUCCACGCCGCCCUGCAACUGAUGGCAUUUGUCCUCACUGUAGUGGGGCUGGUUGCUGUGUUUAAGUUUCACAACCACAAAGGUGUUGCCAACCUUUACUCCCUGCACAGCUGGCUGGGCAUUACCACUGUCUUCCUCUUCGCCUGUCAGUGGUUCCUUGGCUUUGUCAUCUUCCUUCUGCCCUGGGCUUCCCUGUGGCUGCGCAGCCUCCUUAAACCCAUCCACGUCUUCUUUGGAGCUGCCAUCCUCUCUCUGUCCAUUGCGGCUGUCAUUUCUGGAAUUAAUGAAAAGCUUAUCUUCAGUUUGAAAAAUGUCACCAAGCCGUACUCCAGUCUGCCCAGCCAGGCUGUCUUCGCCAACAGCACUGGGAUGCUGGUGGUUGCCUUUGGGCUGCUGGUGCUCUACAUCCUGCUGGCUUCCUCUUGGAAGCGCCCAGAGCCAGGGAUCCUGACUGACAGACAGCCCCUGCUGCAUGACGGGGAAUAAAGUGGGGGCUCCCAGGAAUGCCUGGGGAUGCGGUCUGUGCUCCCUCUGAGGCUCUGCUUUACCUGGUGCUCCCAGUUGGUUUUGGCAAUAGCCUUUUUAGGCUCUGGGCCCAAACUUCUUGCCUCAGUGGAGGGCCUGCUCUCUCCAGCUACUUGCUGCCUGACUACUUUUCCUGGUGACUUCAGCGUUUGCACUCUUCCUUGGUAUCAACGUCUCAGGUCCUCCAUUUACAAAAGAUCCUCCUUGUCUUUGCUGCUCCUGCUUGCUGUCUGAGGAAGUCAGGCUGAUGUCCCCUUACAGCUCCUAAGAAUGUGGUAGGAAAUCUAGACUGCUCAGAAGAUUCAAGUGCAAUCCAUGAUGUGGAUAAUGAGGGAGCUGAUAGAAUCCAUUGGCAUGCAUUUCAGUAGGCAUCACCUGCUCUGCUGACCCUACAGCCCCUCCUGGAUGUGAUUUACAUCAUGAAGUGACUGCAGAGGAAAGAGUGGCAGCAGAUGCAGCUUCCACAGAGUAGCUGAGAAGCUGACUCUGAGCCCUUCUGUUUUGUGUUGCUGUGUUGUAUGUCUGUGUGUUGUGACUGUGUGGCUCCACCUCUUCCCAGCUCAUGCUACAGCUGAGGCCAGGAUCCCAGCCUCUUCCUGUGACUUACAUGCCUCUCACUAUCAGGCAGCCCUCUGAUCCCUGGUAACCUGCUCUCCCAAGAACAGAUAACCGGUCCUCAGAUGUCCCAAAAAUGAUGAGUGACAGAAGUGGCUGGAGACUUCCUUUACUUCCCAUUGCUGGGUCCUGACUGCCCCUCAGCAGGUCUAAAUUUGCCUUGUUCGUAGAGUGCCUGGCCCUGCCAGUCACUCUCUAGCUUUCCAUGAAACCGGUGCCUAAGUUGUGGUCUACGCCCAGCAGAGCCUUGGGAGCCACUGCCAUCCUCAGAGGGGUUCCUUGCUGAGAACCAAAGUGCUUCACCAGUUCCCACAAUGGCUGCAUACUUGGCUAAAGCCAGUCUUCCAUGUCAUGUGGGAGUGUGAGCUGUUGCUCUACUCCUGAAGACCUGGGGUGGGGAGAGAGGAGCCUUGCUCUUCUCCUAAGUGUCUUGCUGCUGUGGCUUUUCUUGCCUUCUUCAAACAAGCCCUGCAUGGUCCCAGGCCGUGUACUGCUGUGCUUAGUAGACAAGUGGAAGGCCAGGUGUGGAGGCUACCUACUUGCUGGCAGGUAGCCAUGGGGCCGACUGUCCACUCCAGUCCCACAUCACCAGAUGUUGGCAGAAGACUAAGACUAACCCUUCUGAUCGGUGAAGCCCUCAAAGCCACUGGGAUGACUGCCAGGCCUGUGCUCCCAUGGCAGCUCCCCCUAUAUGCAGAGUUAUCUCACUGCUUCAUGACACUGAAUUUUCAUUAAACGUUUUUAAGAACCAAACUUGUUUUAGUCUG